AUGGGCUGUGGACCUUCCCAGCCUGCUGAGAAACAGAGAUUCGUCCCCACGCCCAGGAGGGGCUGGGAAGAGGGAUUCAAGGCGGAUGUGGGUGUGAUUCAUUCCGGGGAGAACCGAAGACCCCAGCCAGAGGCUGCGCUGUGCAAGGACUCUGUGGGCAGCCCCGAAAGCCGGGAAAAGCAGGUCCAGUUGGAAAGCUUACCCGGAACCAUUCCAGAAAGUUCCCCAUCUCCUAAUGGAAGAAACAGAAGAAUAAAUUUAGACUUAGCAAACAAUGGAUUAAUCCAUAAACCCCAACCUCCACAGAAUCGAGAGCGACAAAAGUCAUCAGACAUCCUAGAGGAAUUAAUUGUUCAAGGAAUAAUACAAAGCCACAGCAAAGUAUCUAGAAAUGGAGAAUCGUACAAUAUCAUGGUGGACACGACUGAGAAGCCACUGAGAAAGCCACCAGCCAGGCUGGAAAAACUCAAGAUCAAGAAGGAAGUAAAGGAUUUCACAAGGAAGGACCUGGAGGAGAGGAUGCAGGCAGCGGCAGAGCGCAGGAAGAUGAAAGAAGAAAAAAGAAAAAGGAUACAGAGUGACCGACUUUUGUCCCCAGUCAAUCUCUCAGAUUCAACUGAACCAGGUGGGGCUGAGGUUCCAUUUGCCAAAGGACUUAACCAUGUGGGUUCUGCCGUGUUUGAACCAUCAGAUCUCCAGGGAGGAAAGCUGUUGAAAAGGAAGAAGAGCAAAAGUGACGCAACCUCAAAUGACAGAAACUACGGUUAUGAAGGUAUUGGUGUCGUGGAGUCAGACAUGUCCUACAACCAAGAAGAUGACAUAUUCUAA